AUGGCUCCACGUCAAGCAGGAGCGGAGGGUGUGGACGAUGGGCAUAAAGGGCACGAACGGGAACCGUUCGUGCAUCAUGUGUUAACAGUGGAUAGGGAAGUCACGAACGGUUCCCGUUCGCGAGAACGAGCAUGUGUGGACGGGCGUCGAUGGACGAGACAUGUGGAUAGGGAACAAUCGACAGGGAGACGGGUGGCAUCGAAGGCAUGGGAUCUUCGCCGAUGGGUCCCGUCGGCGAAGCUAUUGACAGCCAUGAGUUCGUCACAGAUGGAUCCCGUCCGCGAAGCUACAUCUGUCAGUGUCAAAUGCGCGCAACCAAAGAGAGGCGGCGAUGAGUUGAUGGCGCAGAUGAUUGAGGAUUAG